GAAACACUUCGACUGCCGUUGCGAUUUCAAUUUGAAAUCAUAUUCAUAUUAUAUUUGAUAUAAUCCCUCUCAUCUCUGGUCACACCCACCCUCAUUCUGCAAGCAGCCAUGGAAGACAAGUACGAGAAACUGGAGAAGGUAGGAGAAGGCACCUAUGGAAAAGUCUACAAAGCCAAAGACAAGCAAACCGGCCAACUCGUAGCCCUCAAGAAAACCCGUCUGGAGAUGGACGAGGAAGGCAUCCCACCCACCGCCCUCCGCGAGAUCUCCCUCCUCCAGAUGCUCUCCAAUUCCAUCUAUAUCGUCCGCCUCAUCUGCGUCCAACACAUCCACCAUAACGGCAAACCCCUUCUCUACCUUGUCUUUGAGUAUCUGGACACCGAUCUCAAAAAGUUCAUCGAUUCUCAUCGCAAGGGCCCUAAUCCCUCUCCUCUCCCUCCUUCUCAGAUCCAGAGCUUUCUGUUUCAGUUGUGUAAAGGUGUUGCUCACUGCCAUGGUCACGGUGUUCUUCACAGAGAUCUGAAGCCACAAAACUUGCUGGUUGACAAAGAAAAGGGGAUUCUAAAGAUAGCCGAUCUAGGUCUUGGAAGAGCUUUUACUGUUCCUCUCAAGAGUUAUACUCAUGAGAUUGUUACGCUUUGGUACAGAGCUCCAGAGGUUCUGUUGGGAUCAACUCAUUAUUCCACUGGCGUUGACAUGUGGUCUGUUGGCUGUAUCUUCGCUGAAAUGGCAAGAAGGCAAGCUUUGUUUCCUGGUGAUUCUGAAUUCCAGCAACUGCUUCAUAUAUUCAGGUUGCUUGGAACACCAACAGACCAGCAAUGGCCAGGUGUCACAUCCUUAAGGGACUGGCAUGUAUAUCCUAGGUGGGAGCCCCAGAAUUUGGCACGUGUUGUUCCAUCAUUAGGACCUGAUGGGGUGACCUUCUAUCGAAAAUGCUGAAAUACGACCCGGCUGACAGAAUCUCAGCCAAAGCUGCUAUGGAUCAUCCUUAUUUUGAUAGCCUUGAUAAAUCUCAGUUCUGAACCACAUCAUCUAUCGGAUUGAGUUUCUAGUUUGUAGUUUGAAGUGAAGAAUGUUAUCAUCACCUUGGUGAUUUUAGUGUAUGAUUGAUUGAUAUAAGAGAUUUCACAAUAUGUGUGUUUUAGUGUGCCAAAGUUCACUCAAAUUAUUGUUAUUUGUUAUGGGAUAAAGCUCUUGGGUUCAUCGUGCUUGUUGGUUGGGUUGUGGAAGUCCUCAACUCCUCAU